AUGUAUUUCUUUCUUUCUUAUUUUAUUUCUUUCUUUCCGUUCUGUCCCUUCGUUCCUUCGUUCUUUCGUUCCUUCGUUCCUUUCUUCCUUUCUUUCUUUUGUUAUUUGUUUAUUCCCCACAGGAAAUCAUUGGUGUGUCAUGUGUUUUGUAUUUAUGAUGAGCUUCAAGAAGUCCAUCUGAGGAAGUUGCCAUCACCGGGUGACUGGAGCAGCAUCCCGAAGAACACGCUGAAGGCGUUGUUGCGGAAGGGCGUGCCCCACGAGCACCGGCCAGAGCUUUGGUGGAGCAUCCUAGGCUGCGAAGCUGAGCGACUUCGAUCGCCCGUUUCUUUCCAGCAAUACCUGGAGGAGCCAGUGGAGACUGAGACUGCUGAGACCAUCGAGCGCGAUUUGCCACGAACGUUUCCGACUCACCAGAAAUUCCGCUGCGCGGCAGGCAGGGCAGAACUUCGUAACGUGCUGCGGGCAUUUUCCCGGCGCUGUCCAGCCGUGCGCUACUGUCAGGGAAUGAACUUCAUCGCCGCCCUCCUCUUGGUAGUUUCUCAAGACGAAGAGCGUGCCUUUUGGAUGUUUGUUUGCGCUUUCGAUGCGCUUGGCGUGGAAGGGUACUACACUGAAGGAAUGACACUCCUUCGUGCUGAUAUGCAAGUGCUAGCUUCCUGCAUGCAGGCCAAAUGCGCCAAGGUUUCCAGGACAUUGAAUCAGUUUAAUGUCGAUCUCCUGGCAAUUUGUUCCGAAUGGUAUAUCACAUGGUUUGCAAAAAGCUUGCCUGUGUCCACCGUCCUUCGGGUAUGGGACGCACUCUUUUUCGAGGGCUUCAAGGUCCUCUUCCGUGUGUCCAUGGGUAUCUUCAAGCAGAUCGAGCAGGAAGUGCUCAAAAGUGACGGCUUUGAUGCCAUCAUGCAGCAAGCGAAGUGCUGGCCAAGGAGCAUCGUGGAACACAACGAGCUCAUGAAGGCCAGCUUCCAAGGACUGCCAUACUUUAAGAGGCAACAGCUGCGAAAGGCCAGGGAGCAGGCGUUGUGCCGGAUCGAGAAGGAGGACCAGGACCGCGUUCGCAUCGGAGACUUCGGCAUUGCCUGCGCAGUCAAGGCUCCCCAUAAGGCGGUCCUUGAAGGCAAUGUGGUGGGAACGCCCUACUACAUGAGUCCUGAAACCUGCUCCAUGGGACUUCAUUCCUAUGCCAGUGAUGUGUGGGCCAUGGGCUGCGUUCUCUACGAGCUGUCAGCUUUGAAGCUCCCAUAUUACGGCGACACUCUGGAGGAGCUCAUGGCCGAGAUCACAAGGAAGGCCGCCCCGCGCUUUCCCAUCACUUACUCUGCAGAGCUGGCCCAGAUCUAUGCGGCCGUCUUGUCGCACAACCGCAACAAGAGGCCCUCAGCGAGCGACGUCUUGUUCAUGCAGCCCUUGCACCAGACCCUUGAAGCGUUACUUCAGGAGUCACAGAAGGCAAAGAAGGAGAAGAUACCCACACGACCUGCUUCUGCACCUCCCGAGAAGAAGACGAGGGCCGCCGCUUCAGAGGCUAUGCAGGCAGCCGAGGGAGACACCAUUUACCCUUCCCUGGACGCAGCGCCGGAUGAGGGUGAUGCGGCGCAAAUGCCUGGCACUGCGGCACCGUUCCGCAGGCUCCAGGAGCUGCGGCGCAACGCCGGCACACCUUUGCCAG